AUCCAUCACCAAUGGAAGGAAGCUCCUUCAGGCCACAUAAGAAGGAAGAAUUCAAACGCUAAUCAGGGACAUGCCUUGGAGAGGAACACCGUGAGGUCUGACCAGGAGAGCAAUGGACAGCACUGGGUCCUACUUUUGAAAAUGUGCAGACAAGUCAUCAUGAAAACUCCAGAGGAGGGAGGCUUGAAGGCCCCCUUCAGUCACUGAUUCUUAAGGAGAGCUGGAACAACUUGGAUAGACUUGUGCAGCAGAACGAAGUUUGACCAUUACCUACACUGUACAAGAAUUAACUCAGAAUGGACCAAAGGCUUUUAAAUGUUCAGUUAAAACUGUAAAACUUUGAGAAGAAAACAGAAGCCUUCAUGACCUUGGAUUUGACAAUGGAUUCUUAGAUAUGACGCCAAAAGCACAAGCAACAAAAGAAAAAAAAAAAUCUUGACUAGGAGUGUGGCCAGCCAUCAUGUAUGACUGCACAAAAGGGCCACAUCUGCUCUUCAACCUGCAGAAGCUCCUGGAACCCAAGAGAUUUUUAUUGAACAUCUGUAUGUUCUGGCCACUGUUCUUGUAUCGAGGACACCCAAAGGCCACGGGACAUUGUACAGACAGCCACAAAAGCAUCCUGACUAGAUCCGCCAAGAACUUGAGCAGUGGAAAACAGGAGGCAGGAGAGAAUGGGCAGAUAUACUUCAUCUUCUUUCUCUCUCUGGUGGACUCUCCCAAGGGUGUGGUGUUCAUCUGAAGAACAUUUUACUUUUAAAAGGAAAGAUGCUGUCUCCAAAUGAUAAAAAGUUAGAAAAGCUGGAUCCAUUUUACCGACCUUCAGUGUCCAAGCAGAAGACAAGUGCAGAAAUCAUAAGUGAAGCACGAAAUGCCUUGAGAACUGUUAGGACCCAAAGACCGCUUACACCACGGGAAGACCAAAGAAAACUAUUUGGAUCCGCAUCUUCAAGAACACCAGAAAAUAGACCACCAUCCUCCUUCAGUGUCCAUGCAUCCAGUUUUGAGUCCUCUGAUUCCAAGCCCAUCUCUGGCGCCCGUCUCAGUCCUCUAGAGCUUAAACCGAAAGCGCCAGCAUCUCCUGCCACAGAGGAGGAUCCCUGCCCUUCCUUUCCUAAACCCCCAGUGGACCCUGCGAAGAUUAGAAGGAUAAGCAGUGCCCGGGCGCGCUUGUUCAGGGCGGCCUCGCAGGGGGCUCUUCUGCCAGACAGGACCCUUCCUCCCACACAGCCAAAGAAGAGAGUGGAAUCUAAAGAAACAGUUAUGAUGGGGGACUCUAUGGUGAAAAUAAAUGGGAUUUAUUUACCAGAAUCAAAUGCCCUUGGCCACUUAAAGAGUCACCCACUUCAGCUAACAUAUGAUGGAGACUUCAGUGAAAUCAAGGAGCAAGAAAUGUUCAAAGGGGCGACACCCUUGCCAUCCCAUCUCAGAAGUGGAGGGGACCAGGGGAAGAGGCGUUCGAGGGCCUCCUCAUGCCCCAGCAGCUCAGACCAGAGCAGGCUGGACACCAAAGCAGGCUCAAAGGCUGACUUGCAAGAAAAGGAUACAGAAAUAGAAGUAAAUGAAGUGUUUUGGAAUACAAGGAUCAUACCGAUUUUGCAUGAAUUAGAAAAGAAAGAAAACAUUGAGAUGCUGUGUGCUGCUUGCACACAACUUCAUCACACGUUAGAGGAAGGAAGCAUGCUUGGAAAUAGAUUUAAGAGAAGAACUAUUCUCCUGAAGACCCUGUAUAAACUAGUUGAUGUUGGUUCGGACUUGCUCAGCCUUAAACUUGCAAAAAUUAUCCUAGCACUUAAAGUGAGUGGAAAAAAUCUUCUUAAUGUCUGCAAACUUAUAUUUAAAAUUAGCAGGAGUGAGAAAAAUGAUUCUCUGAUUCAAAAUGACAGCAUUCUGGAAUCAUUAUUGGAGGUCCUGAGAAGUGAAGGUCUGCAAGCUAACACGGAAGCUUUUUUAUACUGUAUGGGGGCGAUCAAAUUCAUUUCUGGAAAUCCAGGAUUUCUUAAUGAAAUGAUUGGCAAAGGUGCUGUGGAAAUAUUGCUGAAUUUGAUUAAGCAAAUAAAUGAGAUCACUGAGAAAUCUGGUACAUGUUUGCCUAAUUCAGGCCACUUGUUAGUCCAAAUGACUGCUACGCUGAGAAACUUGGUUGAUUCACCACUGGCAAGAAGUAAGCUGCUAAGCAUCAGUGCCCUUCCCCAGCUGUGCACGGUGAUGGGACAGUACACAGGUGACAAGGAUGUCUGCACCAAUAUUGCCAGAAUAUUCAGCAAACUUACUUCUUAUCAUGACUGCUGUGUAGCCUUGGCCAACUAUUCCAGAUGUUACGCCUUGUUUUUGAAUCUGAUAAACAAAUACCAGAAGAAGCAGGAUUUAGUGGUUCGUAUUGUUUUUAUUCUUGGCAACCUGACAGCGAAAAAUAACCAGGCACGUGAGCAAUUUUGCAGAGAGAAAGGGAGCUUCCCAACUCUGCUGUCAUUAUUCCACACGUUCUACGAGCUGGAUCUGCAUUCCAGGAAGCACGUGGAGGAAGGAGACGAGCGGCCCCCGGCGCGGAGGCCGCCGGCCCAGGCGGAGGACGUGCUCAUCAAGCUGACCCGGGUGCUCGCCAACCUGGCCAUCCACCCGCGCGUGGGCCCGGCCAUCGCUGCCCACCCGCGCAUAGUGGGCCUGCUCCUCGCCACGCUGGAAUACAAGUCAAUUGAUGAUUGUGAGGAGCUGGUGAUCAAUACUACAGCAACAAUCAACAACUUAUCUUACUACCAAGUGAAGAAUUCCGUAAUUCAAGACAAAAAGCUAUAUAUUGCUGAAUUGCUUAUAAAGCUUCUUGUGAGUAACAACAUGGAUGGAAUCCUGGAGGCUGUGCGCGUUUUUGGAAAUCUCUCCCAGGACCAUGACAUCUGCAAUUUCAUUGUGCAGAAAAAUGUCCACAAGUUCAUGAUUGCACUGCUGGAUGCGAAGCAUCAGGAUAUUUGCUUUUCUGCCUGUGGCGUUCUCCUAAACCUCACUGUGGAUAAAGACAAGCGUGUCAUCCUGAAAGAAGAAGGUGGCAUUAAAAAGUUAGUGGAUUGUUUAAGGGAUUUUGGUCCUACUGAUUGGCAGCUGGCCUGCUUGGUGUGCAAAACUUUGUGGAACUUCAGUGAAAAUAUCACCAGUGCUUCGUCAUGUUUUGGAGUUGAGACCACUGAUACACUCUUAGCCCUGCUGUCAUCAUUUUUAGAUGAAGAACUAGCACUGGAUGGGAGUUUUGACCAAGACCUAAAAAACUAUCACAGACUCCACUGGGAAACAGAAUUCAAACCCGUGGCACAGCAGCUUCUACACCGAAUUCAGAGGCAUCACACCUUCCUGGAACCCCUGCCUGUUCCCUCUUUCUAACACGAUGCAGAUUAACGGCAGAAACAGGAAGUCAGGUCUCCUUCAUUCCUGAGAAGUGGUAACAAACACGAACAUUUUAUUCAGUGUUAACAAAUAUUGAAAGUUUUUUCAGGUACUGAUUUUAGUGAGUAGUUUGAGUAUUUUAAAAGAAAUGAGCAUUUCUUCUUGUUAGGUAUUAUGGAAAAAUGUCCUGCUAUGAGAAAUGUAAGAUGAAAAUAUAUGCAUGGCUUUUCUAAGUAAAUGACUUUUUUCUUCUAUUCUCUGUUAAAUAAUUUAGUUCUAGUCUUUAAGUCCUGAUUUAACAAUUGUAGAAUUUAAGAGCUUGUCAGCUCAGUAACUGAACUGUGCAAUGAAGACUUAGAUUUUGUUUAUAAAAAGAAUGGUGGUCAAUACCAUUAGGAAUACAUUACUACAUCAACAUCUGCAUUAAUUUUUACAGCAUCUAAUAUUCAUUUUUUGGUUAGGAACCAGUAUUUUUCUGGUUCUUAUAUUAAGAGGAAUAAGCAAAAAAAAUUUAAAGAAGACUGCUUUAGGCCAUUUACUCUUUAUUAAGUAAGUAAAAUAGAUGAAAAGGGGAGUAUUUUACCUUUUUCUGUUCAUUUGAAAUAAAAUGAGUAAACCAGACAGUCCUUCUAAUGGUAACCCUCUGUGACUAGGGAGGUGAUGUACUGUACUAGAAAGAAUGUAGGCUUAAGCGUAUGGCAGAUCUCAGUUCAAAUCCUAGCUUUCCUUUGCUUGGGCCUUUGGCAAAUAACUUAGUAUUUUCAGCUUCAACUAUAAAAUGGGAGUAAUACCUAUUUUAUUAUAAUGUAGUUUAGAGAAAAAACAUUAAAUGGGCAAAUUGCCCAGUACAGUGACUCUGCGUAGUAGAGGCUGAAUAAAUUAUAACAUUAUGAUGGUAAUUAGUUUAUUAGUUUGACAUUCUGUGUAGGGUAAGUUUGGCUUUUGAAUGAAUGAGAAAAAAACAAAGAAAUUGAGAUCACCGUUGUUGUCCCAUAUUAGCCAAAGAAGAUUUGGAAAUAGAAGUAAGUUUCCUACUCUGCUCUGUAGGGUGAGAGAUGAGCCGUUAAUAUCAGAAAAGCUGGUACAGCUCAUCUCUCACCCAAACAAAAUAACAAGACUAAUGGGAUGAAGACAGCCAUCCCAGACUAGACGGGCUCUUAAAGGCUAUUAGAAAAAAACCUAAAUUUCAGGAACAAAUAGACUUUCUAAGGGCUCUUCUAGUUCAAGAUUUAUCCCUGAUUGAGGCGUUGCAAAAUCCUCUAGGGACACUCACCUUAUUAUGGUCUGUCAUCCAUAAGUAUAUGCCAAUAGAUUCACUCCAGUAGAUGAAACCAUUUUUUUAAAAGUCUGAAGGGCUAAUCUCUCAAAACACUUAAAGAUCUAAGUUUUUAGUUUAUCUAUAGCAGGCUAUAUAUUCCACUUUCAGUGAGAAAGAUCAAACUCUUUCCCCUCUAAAACAGCCCCCUUGGUACUUAUAACUAAUAUAAUAAUUCAUGAUGGAAUGAAUACCAUUAUACCUGUUCUCCAUAUGAAACUCCUCCUUAGACUCAUGUGCAAACUAGACCAUUUGGAACCAUCUACUUGCCUUUAAACAAAAUUGUGGUAAAAAACACAUAACAUAAAAUUUACCAUCUUAACUAUUUUUAAAUGUAUAGUUCAGCAGCAUUAAGUAUAUUCACAUUGUUUUCCAACAGUUCUCUAGAACUUUUUGAUCUUGCAAAACUGGAACUCAUCUCUGUUAAACAACUCCCUGUUUCCUCCCUCCCUAGCGCCUAGCAAU